AUGACAUUUGCGCCGACUUCUCAGGCAACAAAUAUCACUGAUCCUAACCGUAAGAAGGCUCUGUUACUGCACUAUGCAGGCGAAGCAGUGCACGACAUAUUUGACGCGCUGCCGACGACGGCCGACGAAAACGGGACGGAUUCAUAUGGGAGCACGAGGGACGUUUUGACAUCACACUUCAGCCCGAAGAGAAACCUCCAGUUUGAAGUGUAUACGUUCCAAUCUGCGCACCAGGAGAAUGGAGAGACUCUGGAUCAGUUCGCAACCCGUCUGCGAAUCUUCGCGAAGCGCAUACCGUUUCACACACGGAAGGCUCUGGAGAAGGAACUCCACUCGCUCCAGGAACAGGACAUCAUCGAACCUGUCACCGGACCGACGCCGUGGGUAUCCCCAGUCGUGUGCGUCCCCAAACCCAAGGACCUGACAGCUAUCCGCGUGUGUGUGGAUAUGCGCCGUGUGAAUACCGCUAUCCAAAGAGAGACACCACUCCAACAGUAGAUGACAUCAUCCACGACCUAAACGAAGCGAAGGUAUUCAGAAAGAUUGACCUACGUUCAGGAUAUCAUCAGCUGGUACUCAACCCGAGCAGCAGACCCAUC